AUGCUAACCAGAAGAAUCAUCACGAAAUGUAUCCCAAUUCCACAUCCAGCAGCAGCACCGCCAUUUGCCUACCUGGCUCGCUUCCCGGCCUGCUGGCGGGUUCCGGCUGUAAAAAGCCGAAGAAGAAGUCAAAGACGGCUUCCGGCCGUAUCCAGAGCCAGAACCCAAGAAGACUCCAGCCCAACCCCGGGACCAGUCCAGGCAUUCGUCCACAAUUCUAUCCAAAACAUCUUCCCUUUCAUCCUCUGCGCUUCCGUAACCGUCACCCCGGCCAACGCCUUCGCGGUGGCCACGGCGGCGCUAUUCAUUCUCCUCGCCGGUGCUUGCGCACCUCUGAUCUUUAACACCCUGACGUGGCGGGAUGAACUAAGCGCAGGGUGGUGGCCAAUGAGAAGAUGCCAUAAUAACGAGACGAGCUUGGCGGAUGUGCUUCCCCGGCCGGAAUCGAAUAGGAGUGCCAGCUGGAAGGGGGAUUGGUGGCGCUUCAACAUCGAAGAUUUUAUGCCGACCUGGGGAGAUGCUCCUACGGCGGAGGAAUUCUGGUACUGCGUCGUCUUUUUGCUGGCUUUGGGCGUCCUUCGCCGACUCUACAUUAUUGUGCGGGAAUUGGGCUCUAAGGGCGAGGGGAAGAAGGUUUCAUGA